AUGGCACCCACAAAGCGUACUCGCAGCGGCACGGCCAAGGGCAAGCUGACAGCAAAGGUCCAAAAGGCCACAGAAGUCGCAGAGGCGAGCUCGGCGUCGGAUAGCGAGGUGGGCACCAGUGGCAGCGACUCUGGGUCAGACUCAGAGUACGACAAGAUGACAAAGGAGAGCAAGAAGAGCAAGAAGCACGAUGCUGACGCGCAAGAGUUCUCGACUAUCCUCACAUCGAUCCUGGGCCAGACGACGCCCUCUGCGGCGCCAAUCAUGGCCAAGGACCGCACACGCGAGCAGCAGAUCAAGGAUGAGCUGCUGAGCUACCGUGCGCGCAAGGCGCUGGUGCACGAGAAGCGGAUGCUGCUGAGCAAGGACCGGGUGAUUCCGACAAUGGAGGGGUUUGACUACGAGCGGAAGCUGCGGAAGGUGGCGACCCGGGGCGUGGUGAAGCUGUUCAAUGUGGUCAAGGCGCAGCAGACGGAGCUGGACCAGAUCGAGACCAUUCCGAGCCGCCGCACCGAGCGGGUGGCAGAAAUGUCCAAGAGCAAGUUUGUUGAUUUGCUCAAGGCAAAGACCAGCUGAAGAGACGGUUUUUAUCAGGCUUUUUAGUGAGAACAAUAGACAGGUUGCAUGUAGAACGCUUAGUGGGGGAUAAUGUAU